UCGGCCGGGCAGGAGCCGCCAGCAGGGCCCGGAGCGCUCCGAGCCCUCCCGGACCGGGCCGGGAGCCCUCGUACCACCCCUCUCACCCCGGGCCACGCACUGUCAUUUCUGGGAACUCCUCGUGAAACCCUCCUCACAUGAGUGUUGGUGAAAAUGGGGGACACAAGGGACAUCUGUCCCCACCUGGAUUCCAUAGGAGAGGUGACCACGGAUGAUCUGCUGCUCAAAUCCAAGGGAACUUGCCAGUCUUGUGGAGCUGUGGGACCAAACCUCUGGGCUUGUCUUCAGAUUGGCUGUCCUUAUGUUGGUUGUGGGGAAUCCUUUGCUGACCACAGCACACUUCAUGCACAGGCCAAGAAGCACAACCUGACAGUGAACCUGACCACGUUCCGUGUGUGGUGCUAUGCCUGUGAGAGGGAAGUGUUCCUGGAGCAGCGCCUGGCCCAGCCCCCCUCACCCCCCAGCAAGUUCCCUGAGCAGGAUUCUCCUUUGCCUGCUCACCCUCUGAAAGCUGUUCCCAUUGCAGUGGCUGAUGAAGGCGAAUCUGAAUCAGAGGAUGAUGAUUUGAAACCAAGAGGCCUUACUGGAAUGAAAAAUCUUGGGAACUCCUGCUACAUGAAUGCAGCACUUCAGGCUCUCUCAAACUGCCCACCUCUGACACAGUUUUUCCUGGAAUGUGGUGGACUGGUCCGUACGGAUAAGAAACCUGCCCUGUGCAAAAGUUACCAGAAGUUGGUGUCUGAGGUUUGGCACAAGAAACGCCCGAGUUAUGUUGUUCCAAGCAGUCUCUCCCAUGGAAUCAAGCUUGUCAAUCCCAUGUUCCGAGGCUAUGCACAGCAGGACACACAGGAGUUCCUGCGCUGCCUGAUGGAUCAGCUCCACGAGGAGCUGAAGGAACCCAUCGUGGCAGAGACGAGGGACCUGGACAGCAGCGAGCAGGAGGAGAAGCGCGAGGGCGACCGAAGCCCUUCAGAGGACGAGUUCCUGUCCUGUGACUCCAGCAGUGACAGGGGUGAGGGAGAGGGCCAGAGUCGGACCUCAGGGAGCAUGGGCAGCAGCUCCCUGGCAGAGACAGAGCUGCUGAUCCAGGAUGAAGCAGGGAGAGGGAUCUCAGAGAAAGAGAGGAUGAAGGACAGGAAGUUCUCGUGUGGCCAUCGGCGCAGCAACUCGGAGCAGGUGGAUGAGGAUGCAGAUGUUGAUACUACGAUGAUGCCAGUGGAUGGCAGAGCCUCACCUGAGAUGCUGCCAGCUCCCUGUCCUGCCAGCCCAUGUAGGACACCAGAGCCUGACAAUGAUGCCUAUGUGCGCUGCUCCUCGCGCCCCUGCAGCCCCGUCCACCAUGAAAUGCACUCCAAGCUGUCCAGCUCUCCUCCCCGCUCCAGUCCUGCCAGGCUUGGACCUUCCUACAUACUCAAGAAAGCCCAGGUGCAGGCCUCUGGGAAAAAGAAGAAGGAGCUGCGGUACCGCAGUGUGAUUUCCGACAUCUUCGACGGCUCCAUCCUCAGCCUGGUGCAGUGCCUCACCUGUGACAGAGUUUCUACAACAGUGGAGACGUUCCAGGACCUGUCACUCCCAAUCCCAGGGAAGGAGGACUUGGCCAAGCUGCACUCUGCCAUCUACCAAAAUGUGCCAGCCAAGACAGGAGCAUGUGGGGACAGCUAUGCCUCACAGGGCUGGAUUGCUUUCAUCAUGGAGUACAUCCGCAGGUUUGUGGUGUCCUGUAUCCCUAGCUGGUUUUGGGGUCCCGUGGUGACACUGGAGGAUUGCCUUGCUGCCUUUUUUGCAGCAGAUGAGUUGAAGGGGGACAACAUGUACAGCUGUGAACGGUGCAAGAAGCUGCGGAAUGGAGUAAAGUACUGCAAAGUCCUGCGCCUCCCAGAGAUCCUUUGCAUCCACCUGAAGCGGUUCCGGCACGAGGUGAUGUAUUCCUUCAAGAUCAACAGCCACGUCUCCUUCCCUCUGGAGGGGCUGGACCUGAGACCCUUCCUGGCCAAGGAGUGUGUGUCCCAAAUCACCACCUACGACCUCCUGUCUGUCAUCUGUCACCACGGCACGGCUGGCAGUGGGCACUACAUUGCCUACUGCCAGAACGUGAUCAAUGGCCAGUGGUACGAGUUCGAUGACCAGUACGUCACCGAGGUGCACGAGACCGUGGUGCAGAAUGCAGAAGCCUACGUGCUGUUCUACAGGAAAAGCAGUGAGGAGGCUGUGAGAGAGCGUCAGAAGGUUGUGUCCCUGGCCAGCAUGAAGGAGCACAGUUUGCUCCAGUUCUACAUCUCUCGAGAGUGGCUCAAUAAAUUCAACACCUUUGCUGAGCCUGGGCCCAUCACCAACCACACCUUUCUGUGCUCCCAUGGAGGGAUCCCUCCUAAUAAAUACCAUUACAUUGAUGACCUGGUUGUGAUUCUGCCCCAAAACGUGUGGGAAUAUCUCUACAACAGGUUUGGGGGUGGCCCUGCUGUGAACCAUCUGUACGUGUGCUCCAUUUGCCAAGUGGAGAUCGAAGCCCUGGCCAAGCGCAGGAGGAUCGAAAUCGACACCUUCAUCAAGCUGAACAAGGCUUUCCAGGCAGAGGAGUCUCCAAGUGUCAUCUACUGUAUCAGCAUGCAGUGGUUCCGGGAGUGGGAGGCCUUUGUCAAGGGCAAGGACAAUGAGCCCCCUGGACCAAUUGACAACACCAAGAUUGCCCUCACAAAACCAGGUGGCCACGUGCAAGUCAAGCAGGGUGCUGACUACGGGCAGAUCUCCGAGGAGACCUGGCUUUAUUUAAGCACCCUGUACGGGGGCGGGCCCGAGAUCGCCAUCAGACAGAACGUGGCCCAGGUGCAGGAGCUGGAGAACCUGCACGGGGAGCAGAAGAUUGAGGCAGAGACUCGAGCAGUGUGAUGCGUGCAGAGGGGGCAGGGCAGGGCCGGCACAGGUACCGCUGUGGGGGAUGGAGGCUGGGAGUCCUGCGGGGUCCAAAUCCCCCCUGGGCUGGGACUCGAGGUGUGUGCAGCUCCCCCAGCACUCCCGGGGCAGGCGGGCUUCCUCCUCCUCCUCCUCCUCCUCCUCCUCUGGUGUGGCUCUGAGCACGGGGUGGUGCUGGGAGAGGCUGGCACAGAGCUGCCCCUCCCCUCUGGUGCAGCCACGGCCACAGGCUUGUCCUGAGCUGAGCCCUCUCCCUUCCUUUGCUUACACCAAACCAGCACUCCCAGCUUGGCCCCAGUGCACUGAGCUCUGCUCCUUUGCAGGUUUUGCUUUUGGCACUUCUCUUUUUAAUUCAAACAUGUAAAGAUAAUGAGACAUUAUUUAUGUUUCCAGCAGAGAAACCUGGUUUGAGUCUGAGUAAAGCCACAGGUUCUCCUGUGCUUUUGUGCUGGUGGUGCUGUCACAACUUCCUAGUUUUGCUCUUUAUUGAAUUCUUGCAAAUUCAGUUGCAGUCAACUAAGACAUUUGAAAAGAAGCUCUUCCCUUCUCCUUUCACUCACAAACCCACACCUUCAUGGUCCUGCAGAUUUUUAUUUUCUCCUUGUGUCUGCUCUCCGAUGUUCAGCACGUUUUUGGACAAGGCUGGAAGGCUCCUCCUUCCCAAAGCCUCCUCAGGCUGACCCUGCCCUGAGCCUGUGUCUGACUCCCUGAGGGGGUGAAGCUGAGGAGGGGCCCCUUUGUUCACUCAGAGGGGGCACCUGGGGCUGGGGAGGGGCCCAGGCUGGUGAAGCAGCUUUUUAGGAACGAGCUCUUUGUGCAAACGAGCCCCACCUGUGUGCUGAGCUCAUUCCAGAUGUCCUUUGUGUGCACAGUGGCUCACUGAAUCCAAAUGCUCCCAGAUCUGCUGCCACCAAUGCAGCAGAGACAGAAAUGAGGGCAAAAAAGGCCAAAUUCACUUUUCUCAGCAGGGCCAUUCUUAACAUUCUUUUUGUUCAUCUUGCAGCAAGGCAGGAGUUGAAUCUUUGCAAGGCUUUGAGAGCAGUUUAAUGGAGCAGAGCUGGGCCUGAGCCAAACUCUGUUCAUGGUGUGGGUGAUGCCACAGCACCAAGUCUGACCUGCAUGGAGCUGGGACCUCCUGAGCUCCUCACAAAAAAUGGGAGGGAAAGGCUGCUCCUUGACUUAGAGAUAGAAGGGGGUAGGACAGGAGAAUUUGAGAAGAAAAAUGUGGCCUUCAUGGUUCUUUUUUCUUUUUUUUUUGUUUUGUUUUAGAUAAAGCAUUUGUUGCAUAAAGCAACUUCUUUAAAAACUGUCUAUAAUUGAUUCAGCAUGUUAAUUUUACAGUUCUGUUCAUGGGAUGAUUGUUUAGACCCAGCCAGACCCCAGGGGAGGUCAGAGAAUGAGCCACUGUUGAGAUUCUCAUUGUUCCAAGCUGUCUUUAUUCCCCAGUGCAGCAGCCCUGCUGUGCUGCAGAGCCUGCAGGGCUGCAUGCCUGUGUUGUCUGUGUUCAGAGGGUGCUGUACAGACUGUAAUGACACUCCUGUGCUUCAGUGUUAGACCUUGUGCUCAAAGUGGUACAAUAAAUUCAUGUGCAUCCAACAA